GGGAAGAGGGCGUGGUCUGGACACGUGAUCAGGGAGAAGCCGGGGUCCCUUCCCUGUUUCCGGAAAUCCAAGAUGGUGACCAGCAUGAAGUUUUUCUGCUAACCGGUCAACUUGGAAGUGACACCCGCCGCGGAGACCCCCGGUAUCCCAGGUUUAGAACCCCUGGAACUCUGGAUCUGGUUUAGACUUCAGUGAGCGAGCCGUGUCUGGGGACAAUACAAGAGCGAGGGUUGGUCCGCUAUAAACAAGAGGCGGCUUCACAAACCUGCCCAAAAACCUGUAAUCCCCCCAACUAGAAAUCCGCUAAAGUGGGCUGCACUGUCCUGGACACAGACCUCUCAUCCAGCAUGUAUUACUGAGAGGGACACAGCCACAUAGUCUGAAACUAGGAGCUAGUUAUGAGCAGGUCUGAAACUGAAUGAAGGAAUUAAGAUGGCAGACUGCAGCUUCUUAACUCAAGACUUUGCAUUAUUUCACCAAGCAGAACAGAGAUCAGGAAUAGCGGUUCUCCUCAGAGAUUGAAACCAUGUCUCAUCCAUCUUGGUUACCACCGAAGAGCUCAGGAGAUGGCCUUGGACAUGUGACAGCCAGAAUGGAGACCACACAAGGGUUUGGGGCGCCAAGCAUUUCUGUGUCCACUCAGCAAGCACCUAAGAAAUUUGCACCUGUAGUGGCCCCGAAGCCAAAAUAUAACCCGUAUAGAGCAGGACAGCCUGACGGAGGAGAUGGAGAUUUUCCACCACCUCCCCCACCUCCUCCCGAGGACCAAAGUAGUUUUCAGCAUCCGUCAGGCCUUGGGAACUUUCCUCCUCCUCCUCUUGAUGAUGCAAUGUUCAAUGUCCAGAUAAACACUGGUGGUAAAACCCUAGAAGAAAGACGCUCAAGUCUAGACGCAGAGAUUGACUCCUUGACCAGCAUCUUGGCGGAUUUGGAAAGCAGUUCUCCAUACAAACCACGUAUAAGUCAGGGCUCUGGGUCCGCGACUGGGACACUGACUCAUCCAUCAGCUGGAACCCCAGUAACUGGCCAUAAGAGGAUGAUAAUACCAAACCAACCACCCCUGACAGCAACAAAGAAGUCUGCCACCAAACCUCAACCACAGUCAACAACUUUGCCUGCACCAGCCGGGUCCCCAGCAGCACAAAGACCUCAGCCAGUUCCAGCAUCUUAUGCCACAGCCUCCACUCCUAGCCGGCCUACUUUUAAUGUGCAGGUUAAGUCUGCUCAGCCCAGCCCGCACUUUGUUCCACCAGCCCCCCAACCGAGUCAGCCUUACAAUGUUACACAAAACCAGUACUAUGCGCCUCCAAAGCAAGCACCAUCACGAGAGCCAGAGUAUAUACCACCCCAACCUGUACGCUAUGCAGAUCCUGGCUAUGGGUAUCCACAGGGUAAUCAAGUGAAGUAUCAAGAUCCUUACUAUCCAACAUCGCAAGGCUAUGGAGGAAGAAAUAUUCCUGAGGUUCCAUACACACAGCAAGGAGGGUGGAAACCAGAACCUGCUUAUACUUCUGGACAAGCGGUGGGCCAGCAAGCUCCUGCAUCCUAUCCACCUCCGAAUAGUAAGAAGACCUAUAUAACUGAUCCUCCUUAUGUUCCACUGCCACCACCUCAAGCCAAGGCAUCUUACUCUUCUGGAGGUCCUGUUCUGCGGCCUGAGGAUGAACUUGAUAGACUCACUAAGAAGAUGCUGUAUGACAUGGAGAACCCUCCUUCCGAAGAGUAUUUUGGUCGCUGUUCUCGUUGUGGGGAAAACGUUGUAGGAGAAGGUACUGGAUGCACAGCUAUGGACCAGGUGUUUCACGUUGAGUGUUUCACCUGCAUGACCUGUAAUAGCAAGCUACGUGGGCAGCCAUUUUACGCUGUGGACAAAAAGGCUUUUUGUGAGCCCUGCUACAUACGUACGCUGGAGCAGUGUAAUGUCUGUGCCAAGCCGAUCAUGGAGAGGAUCCUGAGAGCUACCGGGAAAGCCUAUCACCCUCAGUGCUUCAUUUGUGUAGUGUGCUUCCGCAGUCUGGAUGGCAUUCCUUUCACUGUUGAUGCAUCUGGACACAUUCACUGCAUCGAGGAUUUUCACAAGAAAUUUGCCCCGAGGUGUUCUGUGUGUAGGGAGCCUAUAAUGCCUGCUCCUGGCCAGGAGGAAACUGUUCGUAUUGUAGCAUUGGAUCGCGACUUCCAUGUUCAAUGUUACCGCUGUGAGGAUUGUGGAAGUCUUCUAUCAGAAGGUGAAAAUCAAGGCUGCUACCCAUUAGAUGGACACAUCCUUUGCAAGUCCUGCAACUCUGCACGUAUCCAGGCUCUCACUGCCAAGUCCAGCACCGACCUGUGAAUGAAUAGCGCCUCUACUUGAAUGUUAGGAACGUCCUUAAUGCUUUUCAUUGCUCCUUUCAACGAAGUCAACAGCUGCCUCUGUGGUCAGGUUCAUUUAGACACGAUGUACAACUUCUCCUUUCACAGACACUUUGGAAGGAGGUCUCACAUUUCUAGUUACUCCACUCACUUUUCAUUCAUUACAUUACACUUAGUAUUUAAAAUUGUCAGAGUCUUGUAUCUUGUGCAUGUCCACUCCUCUGUAUCGCAGUUGAUGCACUAGCAACGUAGCUAAAGAUCUGAAUAAAGCAGGAGGUCUGUGGUUGAGGAGGGACUUCAUCAUCUUUACUACUUGAUCUGUGCCAAUAUCAGAAAGCAGUUUGAUCUACGUAGGGAGGAAGGACAUUUUUCCACGAUGUAUUCUGCUCCCCAUCUUUAUCUAUGGCUUUGCUUCUUUAUAUAGCACACAAUUUGGCUUCGGCUGGUGAAUGGGUAUUUUAAAUGUGCUUUAUCGGUGGUACGUGGUUUUGAUUCUGCAAGCAUAAAAACCUUUUCCCAGGUUAGAAAUUGUCACCCUAUAUUAAACUAUAUGCUGCAAAACUAUUAGUGGUGUGAUAGGGAUCCAGGUAUGCACAAAGCGAACAAGGUGCCUUACAGUUAUUUGCAGGUCACAUUACUCAGGUUUUGUCCCAGGCAGGCAUGUUGUAACUCUGAAAAGCACAGGUUGUGGAUCUAGAAUAGAAGAAUCGGAAUGCAGCCGGUCAUUAGUGUCCACCAUUAGGGAUGAGCAAACCCGAACUUUACAGGUUCGGCAUUCUGGUGGUGUAGGAAAUCCGUUAUGGAUUCUUUUAUAAGGGAAUUCGUAUAUGGAAUUAAAAACUGAAGCCUUUAAGAGCCAUUCCGUUUUGAUCCGUCAUGAUAGAAGUCUAUGGCCAAGCAUAAUGGAUCCAUCUGGUUUCAGUUAUGCAGAACUUUGUUUUCAGUCCUGCAGAACGGAGAAAGGCUUUCGUUUUGCAGUCAGUCUACAAAUUCCGUUAUAUCGGAAUCCAUAACGGAUUUCCUAUACCGCCCAAACAUGUAAAGUUUGGGUUCGCUCAUCCCUAUCCACCAUAUAGCAGGUGAACAUUAAGACAUGAAUGCGACUGUCUGAACACCAUUCUCCCCUUUUAAAAUUCAUUUGUAAUACAGAACCAUCUGAAGACUACCGGAAAAACAGUCAGUCAUUUAUUUUCUCUUGUUUCUGCCGUACUUUCUUAGAAUAAUUUUUAAAUGGUCUACUAAAAGGUGAACAUGUGCCUAAAGUUUCUUUGCCUUAUCUUAUGUUAUUCCUUAGCAUAUACUGUAAGCUCUGUAUGAGCUAUGGAAAUGAGAGAAGCACAUACAUUUCCAAAUAAAACUGUAAUAUAUAUAUAUAUUUUUUAUUUUUUUUUGUAUACAGUAUCUAAGGAUUUGUUUGCCAUUAUACUUCUUGUGCCUUUUGUACAGGUGAGCUGCAGUCUAGUUUGCCUAAGGUAUAACCUAUAUGUGCAGAAAUGUUCCUUUAUAGACUGGUGUGUGAAUAGGUACAUUUUGCAUAAACGUCAGUGUGUUUUUGUAACUAAAAUAGAAAAAACUGUCCUUGUGCUUACCCCAUGCAGGAGGAGGGUAAAUAUACUGGCAUCUUCAGAUGUCAUUCUUCCCAGGUCUCGGCUAGGUAAAGAGCUUCGAAGCAGUACAUUAUGUAAACCAAUCCAGUGUCCUAGAGGCCCCCAUACACACUACACUAUUGUUGGCCUGGCCCACUGUUUUAAUGGGACCAGCUGACAACUCAAUGAGUAUGGGGAACUCUCAACUAAAGAUCGGGCAUGUUGCAUUUCAAUGCCUGAUCCUCUAGUUCUCUUGAGAGAUAAGCUGCUUCCAGAAGGGUUUGGCAGCGGUUUUCUUCUCUCUACCCAAUGAAAACACGUGCAGAUGUAGCAGAUCUAAAAGGAGCUGUGACAACACAUAUCACAUGACAAAACAGCCAUCGAAAUAAAAAUAAAAAGUCCAUUAACAUUUUCCUGACAUAGUUUACUUAACGUGUUAAUCAUUCCUUUUUUCUGUGUUACAUCUGUGCAUGCUUAGCCAAAUGGAGUGGGGGGGGGUUGGGACAGAUGGGCAUUGGCUAAAUGAGAGUUUGGCCAAUAACUGCGGUGCUAUACAUUGUAAGUAUUGCGGUAUUUUCUUGUAACUAAGUAUACAAAUGGUAAAGGGAACCUGUUAUGUUGAACAUGCGGUUUGAGCUGCAGACAGCAUGUUGGCAGGAGAAGCAGAGCACAUUAAUAUAUAGUUUUAUCCGAAAAGAUUCAGUAUAACUUAUAUUUAUACAUGUAAAUUCCUGCUCAUUCUGGGCUUUGAAGCCAAGGAGCCGGUCCUAUCAGUGAUUGACAUCCUUCCCUCUGUGUAUACGGAGAUAGCGGUCAGUCACUGAUAGGACCGUCUACUUGACUUCAAAGCCCAGAAUGAGUAGGAAUUUAAAUGAAUAAUAUAAAUAGUAUAAUGUAGCUUAGACACCAUGUUUAACGAGACAGGUUCCCUUUAAGGAUUACUGUAUUACCCGCCAGAUCUCAAUGUCUAGGUCUGUUGUGUCCUGCUAUGUGUGGGUAUAGAUGCCGUGUGGACAAUUUAUUGUAUAUAACGUUGUUCAUGAGAAAUUGUCUAUUGAAAAAAGUAAUUGUCCUUAAAGGGGUUGUCCAACUUUUUGCAAAUUAUGGCCUGUCCCCAUUGAAGUGAAUGCAAGCAGUGUUGUAUUAACCAUCUGUGUCAACUACACAUUAGAUGGAGCUGUGUAGCUCUGGAGCUAAUUGGCAGGGUGUUGGUACCCCUGUUGAUGAGAUAUUAAUGGCUUCUCCUGAAGGAUUGGUCUCAUUUGUUAAAAGUUGGACAGCCCCUUUAAAGAGGACCUGUUAUCUCUCUUGGCUUGUCUGUUUUAGUAUCUACAUGCAUUUUCCUUGUAAUAAUAAUUCUGGAACAUCCAUUCUUAUGACUCUAUGUUGUUCCAUUCCACUGUUUUCCAUACUGGAAGUUUAUGGUUGAAUUGCCAGUAGUUUGCAGUAAAGGUCCAUCUGGGUGUUACCAGUUGGAGUGGGUCCUUGCACAGUGACACUAUCCAAUCAGUGUAGCCCUUUUCAGGCUGUGCUGCGACAAACUCCAACUGACCCCAAUCUCUUAACACCCAGAUGGAACUUUAUUGCAGACUGCUGACAGUUCAUUAAAUGUCUAGCAGGAAUUAUAGAGGGACGGUGCAACAUAAAGUCAGAAGGAAAUAUGCUCCAAAUGUGUUAUUACAUGGGGGAUGCAAGUUGUUAUUAAAUCAGUUGUCAGGAGAGGUGACAGGUCCUCUUUUACAGCUGAACACCAAUUUUAUCAUUAUGUUAUCUGCAUUAUCUGUCAUCUGCAGUACACAUAGUUAGGAGCUGAGAUUUGUAGCUUUAAAGGGGUUUGAGAUUAGUGUCCUACAGUAUCCUGAGGGUAUCUUGAUGUUUAUUAGAGCGAGCCAACCUGUAGACGUUUAAAGGGAUCCUGUCAGCAGUCAGGCUACCUCACCAGGGUGAAUCAUUGCAAUACAUCGAGUUUUAAUCUGAAAUACUGCUUUUGAAAACAGGCAAUCCUGGAAUGUAGUGUCGACUGGGUGGCUCACACCAGACUUCUCCACAGCCAGCUCAGCUUGAGUGAUAGGUUCUCGUCAAUUUGGAAUACCCCUUCAUUAUACCCCCAUCAGAAUGUCCCCAUCCGUUAUGAAUGCAGUAUAGAGCUGCUGAUCAGGUAGCGUACCCUUUAUCGUUUUUUCUCCUGAAGCAAAAGUUUACACAAACGUUUGAGCCAUGUGCCAAUUUCUAUACUGUCAUAUCUUGACAUUGAACCACAUGAUUGGCUCUUUCAUCCCUGCUGAGUAUGUGAGUGUAUCUUUCCAUUGUUGACUAGACAAAUAUUUGACACCUUUUCAAAAUCCUGUAUGUGUAGAUGUGGAUUCUUGUGUCCUGCAGCAAAACAGUUUAUUGGUCAUUUACCUAGAACAGCUCUACUAGCAUUCUGAUGAUGGUGGAUCCUCUCCUUUUGAGUAGCAGACAUGGACAAAAGUAGUUCUGUCUUGAAGAACCAUGUCUGCUGCUAUAUUUGUCAACGGUAAUGAGUUACAUCACUUGCAGGACAUUAUAUAUAGUUUACACCAGUGCAGCAUUGUAGCACUUGCACUUCUUCUCAUGUUCACUUGACCAGCAGUGACCCGUUAAUGCCGUCUUGAGUAGGUGGUCAUGUCUGCCUCUUGAUAAAGCAAGGAUUGUGUCAUGCAGAGCUUAUAGAAAUAAUGAACAACCAAUAUCUCCAGCUUACCCAGGUUAAAGUGAACACCAAACUUCAAGCACACAACUAGGCUCUCUGCACUUGCUUCUUCUUCCACCAGUCCUCCUCCGAUGAGGGCUACUACAGUAGCCAUUGCGAGUGACACCCCAGAUGCUAUAACGGUUGCUAAUUUUCCCAUUUUGUAAUAUUCAGUGUUAUGACUAUAAUUUCCUAGCCUUGAUACGAAGAGUCACUCUCAACACCCUUACUGCCUUUCCAAUAACUUGGUAUAAAGGUGAAACUCGAAAAAUUAGAAUAUCGUGCAAAGUUCAUUUAUUUCAGUAAUGCAACUUAAAAGUUUAAACUAAUAUAUAAGAUAGACUCAUUACAUGCAAAGCGAGAUAUUUCAAGCCUUUGUUAUAAUUUGGAUAAAUAUGGCUACCGCUUAUGAAACCCCGAAGUCACAAUUUUGAGGUACCCCAUGCUCAGAGGGUAUGGAUUAAUUAGCUCACUAGAGUGUGACACUUUGAGCCUAGAAUAUUGAACCUUUUCACAAUAUUCUGAUUUUAAGUUGCAUUAAUGCAACUCCUUUUAAGUUGCAAUACUGAAAUAAAUGAACUUUUGCACGAUAUUCAAGUUUCACCUGUAUGUGUUUACACUGUGUUCCCUUGCCAGGUUUCCGAUGUCACAAGAAUCAGAAUGCACAUUCUCUAACAGGUUUCAGCAACCUUGGGCCUCCUAGUUUUUUUGCAGGACAUACCAAGCCAGUUUGUUCUAGCACUUACUGGCAAGCCAUCAGUUGCCCAGUUUGCUUUACCAUGAGGCUAAGUGCAUAAAAGUCAGGGAUAUUUGCACGAUACAGACCUUGUUGUAGAGUGAUCAUUCCAAAGAAAACUCCGAACACCAAAGAUAAAGGAACAUUUUGCUCUUGUGUUAGCAUAUUUGCCAUAAAUUUUUUCUAUUGCACACUUUGUGACAAAAGAGGGGUACUUGUCUUGGCAUUAAUAUAGGAAGUUUCAAGUAUGUUAGUUAUAUUUAAUGAACAGUAUAUGGCAACCAAUAUUACAGAUGGCCGGAUUGCAAAUAUGAGGUAUGGUUAAAACAUGGUAAAGCAAUCAAAAAUGUGAUUAUGAUCUUAUUGUACCCUGUUCUAAUCUGAUUUUAUAAGAUAUUUUUUACUUAGAAUGUUUUUUUCCUGAUAAUAUCCACGCUUCACAUUAAAAUUUCUAUUUGCAUUAAAA